GCCAAAAAAAAAUAUGUAGGCAAAAAGAUCAAACAAGAAAGAUGCAGAAGCCCACCGAUUAAAACCUCCCCGAACACCGAGUCUCUGGUCAUCUCCGCGUCCAGCCUCCCUCUUCAUCUCCACCCCAGGAACCGAACCGACCAUUGCAUUGCACCGAGAGGAGGCCAGCCAAGAAGCGCGUCCGUUGCUGGUUGCCAGGCGAUGUCGAACGCCGAUGUGGAGGCCGGCGGUCCGGCGAGGGCGGCGACGACGGGGAUCAAGCCGCCGCCGGGGCGGUACAACAUAACUAGCAACGGGCCGUACGUGCCGCCGUCGCCGUUCUACUACGACCACGCGGUGGCGCACGAGCGGCACCACUGGUCGUGGCUGGUGCCGCUGGUGGUGCUCGCGAACGUGGCCAUGUUCCUGGUGGUGAUGUUCAACAACGACUGCCCGCGCAGCGGCGGCGACUGCGUCGGCCGCGGGUUCCUCCGGCGCUUCUCCUUCCAGCCGCUCAAGGAGAACCCCCUCCUCGGACCCUCCGCCACCACGCUGCAAAAGUAUGGAGCCCUCGACUGGUACAAGGUCGUGCACGGGAACCAGGCGUGGCGGCUCGAGAGCUGCACCUGGCUGCACGCCGGCCUCAUCCACCUGCUCGCCAACAUGAUCAGCCUCAUCUUCAUCGGCGUCCGCCUCGAGCAGCAGUUUGGAUUCUGGAAGGUGGGGAUGGUGUACCUCGUGUCGGGCUUCGGCGGUAGCGUGCUCUCGGUGCUCUUCAUUAGGAAGGGCGUCUCCGUCGGCGCCUCCGGCGCGCUCUUCGGCCUCCUCGGAGCGAUGCUAUCGGAGCUCAUCACCAACUGGACUAUCUACACCAACAGAUUUGCAGCCGUGGUGAACCUGAUCAUCAUCGCCGCCAUCAACCUAGCGUUGGGGAUACUCCCGCACGUCGAUAACUUCGCGCACAUCGGCGGGUUCGCCACCGGUUUCCUCCUCGGGUUCGUGUUGCUGAUCCAGCCCCAGCUAGGGUGGCUGGAGCAGCCAUUCGGUGGCAAGUCCAAGUCCAAGUACAAUGCAUAUCAGAUCAUUCUCCUGCUUGUCGCAUUGGUCUUGUUGAUUGCAGGGUUCGCUGUUGGAUUGAUCAUGGUGUUCAGAGGAGAGAAUGGAAACGAUCACUGCAGCUGGUGCCACUACCUCACCUGCGUGCCGACGUCAAGCUGGAAGUGUGACAAUUGAAUUGAACAGAGAUCGAUGACGCAUUAGCUGCUUCCGUCUCACAGAAGUGGGAGAGAACAUGCGUCCCCACCAUCGAAGACAAUGUCGAGGAUACGUGCUCCUCACCUUCGACGACAUUGUCAAUGUAUUGCUUUCAAGUUUGGUUUCUUAAACGCUACAUUGUAUAGAACUUCUAGCUUGCCCCUUUUGCAUUCUUCGCCCAUGAGGAGUUGGUCAGUAAUUGUAAUUCUUCUUGUAAUAUGUUAGAACUCUGUAAAUCGCUCUGCCUAUGCUCUGUUUGAUGGGUUUAUUCCUUGA